AUGCCUCCCACCUUGGAGUUUGCAGAGAAUCCGCAGACACGAUAUACCCUGAUGACUUGGCAAAAGGUCUUUGGAUCUCCUGGCAAAGAGUAUCAGCUGUUUCUGAUGCAGAUGAGACAGGCAUUGAGGGAUAAGAAUGUUCACGGAUAUAUGCGCCCUGGUUCUGUCUCCAUAAUCACCAAGUCCUUUACUACCCAUGCUGUCAUCCUCUGCUUACGUCCCUCAAACUCACAACCUUUCGGCUUACAAACUCACCGCUCGGUCAUGAAGAAGCUCCAAGGACGCCCAAGCAAGGCGUGCAACGUAUGCAAGAAGCAAAAGGUACUUGUCAGACCGCAAAGGAGCCCUUUCAGAAGAUUUCUGACGGUACACUCAAGGACCCCAAACCAAUUAAAAGUUGUGGAGAGGAGUAGCAGGACAAGAGAAGCAUUGCUUUCAAGUCGUCCGGAGCCGCUAGCCUCUACCAGUGGGACUACUGUACCAAUGACUCCUGACGAAAACUGCUCUGAAAUCCCGUCUUCCCUGUUCAAUGCCCUCGUUGAACUGUACUUCAACAAUGUCUACCAGUCCAAUUUACUCCUUCACAAAGCUUCAUUUAUAAAGUCGCUUGCAGACUCGGCUGUGCGACCUCAUGUACUUCUCAGCAUGUGCGCCUUAGGAGCAAACUUCUACCGAGAUGCGCAUAACCAACUUAUACUCAACCAUGAAGACAAGCGGGAGGAAUGGGCCAGGAAGGCAGGUUCACUCGUGUUCCAAGAUGUCCACGAAUUCCACAAAGAUAACAUAGUGACAUUCUGCAACCUUUCACUAUUCUGGCAUAGUCAAGGCUCGUGGAGAAUUAGCUUUCUUCACAAAGAACUACGCAGACGGCGUGUCUGGGCAUGCUACCUGAUGCACUGUUUCAGUUCUGAGAAGCUAUUUCGGUUCGAAGCUAUCGCCGAUAUUGAAGAAUUACCAUUACCGUGGCCCGAUGACAACUUCGAGGCUGGUGCACCACCUUCUGUUGUCGCAACUAUAGCAAACGGAGUGGUUACAGGCAGUGUGUUUGCUGAAUUGAUACGCGGUUUGCAUCUUUGGUCCCAUGUUGCACCUAUUGUCAGAUGCAAAGAAACGGCCCUCAGCUCCCGUAUCCAACAAAUCUUUGCUAUUGAGGACAAAAUCUUGACAUGGUGGACCAAUGUUCCUCUUCGCUUCAAAGUUGACGCUUCCGCUACCUCUGACGUCUACCCUGAAUCGCUGCCAAAGAUCCUCUUGAUCAAUUUUAUCUACCAUCAAUCACUGUGUGCGCUACACUCUUCAAUCGUGCCCUUGUUCUGCUGGUCCAAGGGCGAUACAUCUCAGUCGUCGGCACGACAUCUCUCAGCUCAGAUCGCGUUUGAACAUGCAGGAGCAAUAUCUGUUCUGACAAGUCGUAUCCUGAGUACCAGUUGCUCUCUGAGCGCCAUGCCAAUAUUUGUCGCAUACGCAGCGUAUUCCAGCUGCGCCAUCCAGAUACCUUUCCUUUGGUGUUCCGAGCCAACAGUCAGAGCUAAAGCAAGAAGCAAUGUGGAGUUGAACAUGGGGGUUAUCGAAGGGAUGUCGUCGUAUUGGAAGUUAGCUUCUCUUUUGCAAGUCUAUGUUCGAUGUAUUUACGACGUGCACAAGUCGAACCCUCCUAGCAUAUCUAAUGAACCCAGAUAUACAGAUUUCGCUGCCUUCUCACAGUUUGGAGUGGAUUCAGACCUUGCAAAGGCGUCUAUUCUCGAGUUCACGCGGAUUUUGAGAUCGGGCGAGAGUGGUUAUGUGAAGCCAGGAGAAGAAAGUAGAGAGUUGAUUACAAGUAAAGCAUCAACGGAAUCGUCAGCUCAGAUGAGUAUUUCAGGUGAUGCAAGUCUUGAUCAGAUGUUUCAGGAUACACAGCCCGGUAUCUCAACGAUGACUGCCCUCGAUUCCCAGUUUACAGACUUGUCUAGUUCUAUGGGCAACGAGUGGCCAGCAUUUGAUGUUCUGAACUCGCUCUGGGAAACUGAUAUAACUAGCUUAUUUUUCAUGGACGAUAAUGUUGACCUUGCAGGUGUUGAUACAGACUUUAUAGCUCAAAGACAUCCCGGAUAA